GUUAAAAUGUUCUUCAAAUUUUUAUUGCACUUCAGUUUUGGAUUAUAUGUAUGUAAUGCUACAACCCUAAAACGAUGCAAUUGCAAAAACAAAUUCGUUGAUGUUGCUGAUGAAAACAUUCCUAUUAAUAUGUGUCUUGAAAAAAUUGUUGUACAAGUAGAUGUACAGUUGAUUGAUGUAAUGUGGGCAGAUACUAGGAGAUCCACAGAAGAAUAUGUCAAAUAUACUGUUGAUGUCAAACGUAUUUUGAAGGGUGAAAAUCUGUUGACAGGAAUAGAUCAAACCAAUAUUUAUGCAUUGAGAGAUUUUAUUGAAUGUGGGCCACGCAUGUUGAGUCGUUCGUUCUCAUAUAUAGUGUCAGUUAAUGUUAUAAAAGAGAAAAUGCACAUAGACAUGUGCAGCAUAAUGGUACCUGCUGAUUUUGUAUCUAAUGUUCAGCUUGGAGUAAUGGAAGGAAGAUUCCCGUGUCCAGAUAUCGAUAAAUAGAUUAUAAAUACUA